GUUUGGUCUAUCCUUACCAGGUACAUAUAUAGUGUGUGCUUGUGUGUUUGGCCUCUCCUUACCAGAGUUGAUUUGGAAUUCCCAAAAGUUGAGGUUCGAUUUCAAGACCUGUGUGUCGAUGCUUUUGUCCUUGUUGGAAGCAAAGCACUACCCAUUAUUCCCAAUUUCAUUUUGAACAUGACUGAGGCCCGCUACAAGACCCAAUUAGAUCCUACCGUAGAAGAAGUGAAGAAACUUUGUACUACGUGUCGCAAAUAUGCCAAGUCUGAAAGAGUUCUGUUUCAUUACAAUGGACAUGGUGUGCCAAAGCCAACUGCUAAUGGUGAAAUUUGGCUAUUCAACAAGAGUUAUACACAAUAUAUCCCAUUACCGAUCAGUGAUCUUGAUUCCUGGUUGAAGACACCAUCGAUAUAUGUUUUUGACUGCUCUGCUGCGGGAAUGAUUGUCAAUGCCUUCAUAGAGCUUCAGGAUUGGAGUGCUUCUACUUCUUCUGGAUCUUCCCUGAGGGAUUGCAUUCUGCUUGCAGCCUGUUGCUGA